CUCAUCCUCCUUGUAGUAGCUUUGCCCUUCCUCCUCCUUCUCCUCCUCUGCAGUCUGUCUCCCUCCCCUCUUCCCAGUGGCUGAGGAUCCCCCCUCCUCUCUCCCUGUGUCCGCCAGCUCCUGUGCCUGGCAGUAACCCCCCUCUGCUAUUAUUAUCUGGGGCUGGGCAUCCCUUGCUGUGUCUGUGCCCGGGGGGAUUCAUACUACUCAGCGCACUGCGUCUGCAGAAUUCUCUAUAGGCAACUACCUAAUCAUUAAAACUGGCCAAAUUCAGCAGAAAGAAGCAGCUGCCGCAGAUCUUUCCAUCUCGGACUCAUCUCGGUGUUACUGCUGAUGUGAAGAAAAUGACCUUGCAGCCUUCUAUGAUAAAGCAGCUGAAGAGAAAGCGGAAAAGUAAUUUCAGUGUCCAAGAAACGCAAACUUUACUAACCGAGAUAAAAAAGAGAAGAGAUGUCAUUUUUUCCAAGCAGCUCAACACUACAAUAAACGAAAUGAAGCGCAAAGCCUGGGAAGAAAUAGCAGAAUGUGUGAAUGCGCUAGGGGAAGGGGAACAGAGGACGGGGACCGAGGUCAAGCGAAGAUAUCUGGAUUGGAGAUCCCUCAUAAAAAGGAAAAGCCUAAAUUCAGAUCUUAAAGUAGGAAAUUCUGGAAUGCACCUACCCCUGUCGGACCUAGACUCUAUCAUUGAUGACUCGGACGACAAGCCAAGUGGGUUAACCAAUGACUUGAGCUUGGAGUGGAAAAAUGUGCCGGAUGUCCGUGAAGCCAACGAGUCUAUGACCGAAAUCAAAGUGGAAGACGAAGAAGAACCUCAAAAUUUUGAAGGUCCUAGCUGGAAAAAGAGAAUUUCACAUCCUUGCUUUGGAAUCCAGUUCAACUCCCGUCAAAAUAGAAUUGUGUAUAAUCAGACGCCUAGUGAAGAGAAGUUUGAAAUGGAAGAAGAUGAAAUGUUGUCGACUGUUUUGCCUGACUCUAGAGAAGAAAACGACCUUCCUGAGGAGUUUCCCAGAAUCGAGGAGUUUGGCACCUUAAGUUCUAUAGCCAGAAUUCCCUAUAAAGAUUCCCACCUACUUAUUAACCUAGAGAAGCAGAAGCUGGAGAUGGAAAGACAACGUUUGAGCAUCGAAGCCGAGAGACUACAAGUAGAAAAGGAAAGACUGCAAAUUGAAAGAGAGCGAUUGCGACAUCUAGACAUGGAGCACGAGAGACUGCAGCUUGAGAAAGAGCGCUUGCAGAUUGAAAGAGAGAAGCUCAGGCUACAAGUCAUGCACGCAGAGAAGACCAAUCUGGAGAAUGAUUUUGUGCCGGCGGAAAAGACUGUUUUGCAGCCCUUGGACAUAGAAGCUGAAAAAUUAAAACUGGAAAGGGAACAUCUUCAGCUAGAAAAGGAGAGGCUACAGCUCUUAAAGUUCGAGUCUGAGAAGCUUCACAUAGAGAAGGAACGUCUUCAAGUUGAGAAAGAACGUCUACGAAUUCAAAGGGAAGGGCACUUACAAUAAACAUGUCACCGCAAUAGUACCACUCCCACAUUAGUUUUCCAGUGACUUUGGUCCAGCAUUGUCUUUGUUGCUUUGUCUGUAGACUUUGAUCUCUGUUCUGUCCACCAACAGGGCCUUAUGCAGGUAUGUUCCUCUGCUGUUCUCGGCAGAUAGGUCAGCGUGCAUCCAAAUAGUGAACCUCUACAAUUUGAUGUGCCUGCAUAAAUGGAAGUAUGUGAGAUUUUGUGCACAAGUAAAGCCCAUGAUAGUAUUUUUAGUGCUUUUAAAACCCAAGACCUAGAACAGUAAUUGCUAGAUAGUUUUGAGGAGCCAAGUAUUUGUUACGCUCACCAGAGUUUUGCUUCUAAUCUUAUCCUUUUUUUUUUUACUUGAACAUUAUAGCUUCCCUGUCUACCAUACCAUGGAUGAAAUCUAACUGUCACAGGUACACCUUAGAAGCUUUUAUGGAUAUCACCAAUGGGGAAAGUAACAAUUCACUGUGUAGACUGGGCUCUAUACUGGGUCAUCAAAUGGCAUUAAUGAACAACACUGGUCUUCUUCUGGACAGUACUUUUUAAUUGGUAUUACACAUUUUUAUGGCUGCACAAAAAGGAAUGUUUUGUUCUUUGGUGCUUUUUGAGAACAGCCAAAAUUUUCCAGAAAAACCAUACCAUCUCUUUCCUCGUAAAAAAACAAACUAAAGUUCUAUGUCCUCCAAAAUGUGUAAUAAGGUGGUGUUAUUGAGGGCGUUAAGUCCUUUAUAAUUCCUGGGCUUCCAAACUUGUGUCAUUUUAAGCUUUUUAGUCAAAUGGGCACUGUCAUUUGGAAAAACUGUUUACAUGUCCUAGCCACAUGUCAAAAGUUUUGAUCGGCAGGAGUCUGAGUGUUCGGACAUCCACGAUCAAGAUAACAAGCCAAGAGAAGUUUGCACUCAGCAAGCUCUCUUCCAGCUCAGUGUCACGUGAUCGAGACAAACUCUCGAUGUAAGUGUAUGAGAGUGUCUCGAUCACAUGACAAAGAGGAGUGCAUGGCAGCACAGACUUCUCCCGGUUCGUUCUCCUGAUCAAUGGGGGUCUGAACACUGAGACUCCUGCUGAUCAACACUUUUGACAUGUCUGUAGGAAAUUUCAAAGGUUUUUUUCCAAAUGGCAGGUACACUUUAAAGAAAAACAUCAGAAUAAGACCAGAUCCAAAUGCAGUAGAAUUUUUUUAAUGCAACUUUCACCUCAAACCCAUGGCAAAUAACCAGCAAAAUCCACGUGUUCCAUGCCACGUUUGCCGUGAUUUUGCUGCUACAUUGACAUUGGCAAAAUCUGCUAUUAAAAUCUGUGACAAACCCACUACUUAUUUAUAUUUCAUACAGGGAAAGUCCACAGCAUGUGGAAGAGAUUUGUAAAAUCUCGCCUUCUUGCCUUGUAUUGGAGGCAUAGCAGAUGUUACCUACACAGAUAAACUCUUCAAAAUUUUAACCAAAUGUAAAUUUAGCCAAAUGUACAUAAGGCCAAAAUAUAAUUUAGUUCAGUCUAGAGCAGAAAGUCUGUCUGAGGGAUUUAUCUUCUCUUUCUUUGAGUAGCAGCUACAUGAUAAUUUUUUUAAUAAAGACUAUUCAGGAAGUUGUUUCAUUUAGGAACAAAUCAACAAUCGUCAUAUGCAGAUAGUACUGUAACACCCGAUAUACUAGUUUAGGGCAAUUUUUACAUUAUAAAGGGAAAUCAUCUUCAAACCUCAUACUAUUUUUGAUUCAGUUUCACAAUGUAAGGCUGGGUUCACACAAAGUAUGUUGGUCAGGAUUUGGUCAGUAUUUUGGUCAGCUUUUUUAACCACGGCACAGAAAAAAGUGGGGAUCUUUCCAUUUUAGUCUUAUCUGUGUCAGUUCCACUCCUGGUUUUGGCUUAAAGGGGUACUCCAGUGCCAAGGAUAGGGGACAAGUGUCUGAUUGGACUCCCCACAAUCUCCUGCCCAGCACCCCAGCUCUCUACAUGCAUGGAGUGACCUCCACUCUGUGCACAGAUUACUGUUGACCACGGCACAAAGCUGUGGCCGACAUGCCCCUCCAUGUAUCUCUACGAGAGAGAGAUGGAGAUACAGCAUUUGUGUAUCAUCGUCUCUCCCAGAGAGAUACAUGGAAGGGAGUGUUGGCCUCAGGUUUUUUCCAUGGUCGUCAGUAAUUCAUGCAUGGAGCGGAAAUUGCUCUGUGCUCCGGAGUACCCAUUUAACAUACUGACCAAAUACUACAUGUGAACGAAGUCUAUGAAUAAGAAAAAAGUAAGCAAAAAGCCAAAUACAUAGUUCCAUUGGAGAACAUGGUGAAAGGUGACUCUAUGACCUGAAAUAAGUCCAGGGUCUACCACAGCAGGGGCCAUGAUGGGUCCAACAGCACUAUUUUGGCAUUAUGUUGUGCUCUGUACUUUUUAGAUUAAUUUCACAUGUAGCGUAAAUGCUGCUGACAGUAUCAUUUAAGUCAGUGGCCUCAAAUUGUGGCCCUUUAGAUGUUGCAAAACUUCAACUCCCAGCAUGCCCAGACAGCCCUUGGCUGUCUGAGCAUGCUGGGAAUUGAAGUUUUGCUAACAUGUAGAGGGCCACAGUUUGAGACCACAGAUCUAAGUGAAUGAGGUUCUACUAUUCUGUUUCCAAGGUUGCAGAAAAUUUCCACAUGGAAAUCGAUCUACCAUAAGCAUUUUUAAACUGUAUAAAGUGAAUUCAAUAAAACACUGUGGAUCCGCGGAUUUCAAACACAAUGGCCCAUAUGGAUCAACCUCCUCCAAUGAUCUUAGAAGACCUGUACCAGUAUCAAUAAUGUUGUCUUUAGGUUCUAGAGCCAGAGCUGUUAUAGUUGAACCCUUGGUUAGCGUAAAAGGGAAAGAUACAUUGGUUACUAUGGUUGAGAAAAGACACGAGUCCAUCAGUUCAAGAAGGGAUGUCUCAAUGGACAUCUUGUCAAAUGCUCUUACUAUAAGCUCUGUUGUCUAAAAUUCUGUUUCUUUGAUACGUGUAUUUUGGAUGGGAUAAGAAGCAUUUUAAAGCACUUACUGUCUAUAAUAUUAUGUAAAAUGUGCUGGAUUCUAUACCAUAGCUGAUGACUAAUUUAUUGUUGUGACACACGUUGUGCCCAUUACAAUCAUUAAAGGGGUUCUCCGGUUUUAACAUUUCAUGACAUGUCAUUUUGACACUUGAGAAGGUUCCAUCAUUGUGGGGUAUAAUGGUAUAAAUGGACAUAACUAAAGUCAUUCACAUGGGUUCCUCAAAUGCUGGUUUUCAAUGUGUUCUUCAAAAAGGACCUGUGGCCAACCUCAAUAAAUGAGAUUGCAUUAUUAUUAAAUAGCUUUGGGCACCCUGAUCACAUACCUUAUUACAGUUUCUUGAUACACCUUCCUGUUCCGGAGAUAUGUUGGUUUGUCUGACAAUUCAGGGAGUCAGAUGGGCGUGAAUUUAAUAAUAGGAGUGAAGGGGAGGAGUCAGGUGAGGGUGGGGCUGUAGUGGUACAGGGUGUGUUUUAGGCAUACAUGCCCCUUAAUGUAAAACAUUCAGACCUUCUGACUUUAUAAUCCCGCCCAUCACCACAUCACUCCCAUUAUUAAAAUUAGGUUCACAUCCAUCUGACUGAUUCCCGGAAUUUUCAGACAAACUAUAAACCCUAUCUCAGGAUUGGAAGAGCGUAUCAAGAAACUGUAAAAAGUUAAGUGAUAAGGGCACCCUAAGCUAUUUAAAGAGCACCUCUCAUUAACUUGAUAAAUGUUAUAAUCCUCCCAGUUCACUGCCCCAAUCAUGAUAAACCACCCCCUGCCUUUAUUUUUGUUAUUUUUUAGUUUUCUGCCUUGAUAUAGCUCUGUAUUUUCUGCUCAGCCUCAGGUUCAGGUUCACAGACUGGGAAGGGGUGUUCCCCAGCAGGCGUGACAUGAUCUGAAGCCAUACAGGGGAGUUAAAGGGGUACUCCGGUGCUUAGACAUCUUAUCCCCUAGCUGUCACGCCCCCUCCCACAGGCUUGCAUUCAGGGGCGGAGCGUGAUGUCACACGGGGGCGGAGGCGUGACGUCACAUGCCGUCGGCCCUGUGGUCGCCGGUAAUCAGACCCGGAGCGAACACGCUCCGGGAACUGAUUAUAAACGGGGUGUCGUGUGCAAGAUCACGGGGGUCCCCAGCGGCAGGACUCCCGCGAUCAGGCAUCUUAUCCCCUAUCCUUUGGAUAGGGGAUAAGAUGUCUAAGCACCGGAGUGCCCCUUUAAGUGUGAGAGGAGCUAUGAUUGGAUAAGGCUGGACACACACCCCUCAGCACUCAAGGCUGCAUUUCCUGUGUUUGGACUUUGGCCUGCUGCUGGCCUGGCAAAAGUAGGGAGACACCUAGUGGCAGCUUUUUUAAACACAAAUAAAACAGAGAAAACUUCAUUUUUUUAAAUCUAAGUAUGUUAGAAAGAUUUUUUUAUUAACCAUAAGGAUUGCAAUAGCAACUUUUUAUGAGAGUGCCCAUUUAAUGACAAUAAUUCUUUUUUGGGGGUUGGCCACAGGGUCUCUUCUAAGCUAUAGGUUCCUAACCUGACAGACAGUGACAUCUACUGCUGCACAUUACUCAUCUGUACAGCAGAAGUUGCAAUAAACACACCUCCAUCUCUGACAUUACUGCUUUACGGUUUUUGGCUGAGGCUUCACUGCUGUUACAUACAGCUGCUAUUUUCAGUGUUUUCUUGGUUGUCUUCUGUUCUAUUUUAGGCUGUUGCCUAUUGAUCCAUUUUUAUCAUCAUUUAGACUAUCAUCUCCGGUUCCUGUCAUCCAAUAGUCAGUUACUGUUUCCUUUUUCUUACUUCUGUCUAAAGCUUCACUACUGUUAUGUAUAGCAGAAAUCCUCCAGCUAUUUCUCCUUCUCCUUUGUUUAAACACUAGGCAGUAGUCUGAUUCCAGAUGAAUAAUUAUGGUUUGCUCAGUUCCGGAUGAUUGGGUUCCAUUUAGUUACAUAGUUUGUAUGGCAGAAAAAAUACAUAUUGCCCUAUAGUGCUGAUCCAAAGGAAAGCAAGAAAAUUUUAUGAGAUAGAAGCCGAUUUUUCUCAUUUUAGGGAUAAAAUUUCUUCCUAACUCCAAAUCUGGCAAUCGAAAUAAAUACAUCUAUCAACUUCUGACCUCCAGAACCUAGUGCCUAUGACCUGUAAUAUUACUUUGUCUUGAGUUUAUUGUUCAUGUUAUUCUGAAUUUGGUCUUUGGUCUAUCUUAGUGCCUUCUGCUUGGUUCUUUUGCAUAGUUUAGUCUAGGGCUAGUGCAGGGAUCUUACAGGGGCAGCAAGCUUAGUUUUUUUUUAAAUAAGUUUAGAUUAGGGAUGAUAGAGGAAAAAAUAGGGAAAGAUACUGAGAACCUUCCAGUGUUUUCUUUGUUGUCUUCUGUUCUAUUUUUGGCUUUCACCUAUUCAUCCAUUUGACUCAUCGGUCAGACUAUCCUCUCCAUUUCCUGUCUUCUAAUAGUGAGUUGCCUAUCAUUUUCUUUACUUUUGACAUUGACAUUUGCUUAUAUGAUUGAGUACUUGGAGCCUUUGUUAGGACCCAGGAAAGGAAACUGCUAUAAGUGAAGCCAAUCACCUUCAGCCAAUAGCUGUAGGUCUGAAAGUGAUGUCACAGAAGGGGGUUAUUAUAGCACCUUCUCUUGUACUGUCUAGGACAGUGGUCUCCAAACUGUGGACUUCCAAAUGUUGCAAAACUAACAUUUUGAGUAAUUCCUUAGUGAGAUUACCAGCACUAGACUCCUAUUACCAUUAUUUUCUUAGAUGUCUAAAGGACAUGUUGGAAACAUUUAAGCCAGUGAACCCUUUGUAAGUCCUUUGUGUGAAGACACGUUCUAGUAUUAUGGUUUCUUAUAGAAAUAUUAACUUACAGGUACCUGUACAUAUAUUAUUGGUGUGCGACUUCACCGAACUGAUGGCCUGACUUUUAAUUUAACUUUAGUUUAUAUUAGAGUAUUUUUGUUAUUAACAUGAGACUAAUCUGAAAGCUAGAUAGAGUAGCUUUUGCAUUAGUGACUAACUUACCUGGCUAAAACAAUAUUAAACCGUAUGCAUUGUAUGUUGCUCAAUAGAUCAGCAUUUUAGCCAAAACAUAAAGUCAUGUUCUGUGUUUUGCAUUCAGUAAUAAUAAGCUGUUUAGGGUGCGGUAUUCCAUGUGGUAAAUGAUAUAUAUAUAUAUAUAUAUAUAUAUAUAUAUAUAUAUAUAUACGGUAUAAAUAUAUAUAUAUUUGUAAACGAGAAACACUGAACCUUUCAAAUUGUGAUUUUGUAGGUAUUCUACCUUUCCAAGCUGUGAAUGUAUCCUUAUCUGUAGAAUCACUUGCAGAGAAGCAUAUACAAGCUUACUAACAUGGAACGUCCUGUAUCAGUGUGCAACUUUCCUGUUUAGGAAUAAUGGAUAAAAUCACACAUGCCUGAACAGUACUGUCUGUGAAUUUCAAUGAAGACCAAUAAAAGUAUCAUCCUCUUAUGUCUUCAUGGUGUGUAUCUAUUUUUACAUGCU